AGGCUCCAGAUCAGCCUUCGUAUUUUUGGCAACGCGAUCGGACUUAUCGCGCUGAUCCAGAGGACUUCUCCUGAAACAUCUGCGGUCGGCCGCCUAUUUUCAAGCCUCGUUCACCCUGCCUUGAAGAUGAAGUUAAAUACGAGCUGCCGUCAGGUGCAAGCCGCAUCCGAUGGAGCCCUGCUUUUUAUCUCGUUCAUCGACCAACCCGAUGCAGCACUUCCUUAUGUUGCGGUCCCAGUUGACAGAUUCUGAUAUGGACUAUGAGAGGCCAAACGUUGAAACUAUCAAGUGUGUGGUGGUAGGAGACAAUGCAGUUGGAAAGACCCGCCUUAUCUGCGCCCGGGCCUGCAAUGCCACACUGACUCAAUACCAGUUACUCGCUACUCAUGUGCCCACGGUUUGGGCAAUUGAUCAGUACAGAGUAUGCCAGGAGGUAUUAGAGCGCUCCAGAGAUGUAGUGGAUGAUGUCAGCGUGUCCCUUCGGCUCUGGGAUACUUUUGGUGACCAUCAUAAGGAUCGGCGUUUUGCAUAUGGCAGGUCUGAUGUGGUGGUACUGUGCUUCUCAAUCGCCAAUCCCAACUCUCUGUACCAUGUGAAGACCAUGUGGUACCCUGAGAUUAAGCACUUCUGCCCCCGUGCUCCUGUCAUCUUGGUGGGCUGUCAGCUGGACCUGCGCUAUGCUGACCUGGAGGCAGUGAACAGGGCACGGAGGCCUUUAGCUAGACCCAUUAAAUCGAAUGAGAUUCUUCCUCCAGAGAGAGGCCGGGAGGUGGCCAAAGAGUUGGGAGUGCCGUAUUAUGAAACCAGUGUUGUUGCUCAAUUCGGAGUCAAGGACGUCUUUGAUAAUGCUAUCCGAGCUGCGCUCAUCUCUCGCCGCCACCUGCAGUUUUGGAAAUCUCACCUCAGAAAUGUGCAGCGGCCUCUCCUUCAGGCGCCCUUCCUGCCACCAAAACCUCCCCCACCUAUAAUCACUGUGCCUCCUCCCCCAACCACCACAGAGGAGCAUCCAGUCGGCCUCCUGGAGGACCCACACUGUGCUGACGUCAUUCUGGUUUUGCAGGAGCGACAGAAAAUCUUUGCACACAAGAUAUACUUGGCGACAUCCUCUUCAAAGUUCUACGACCUCUUUAUUAUGGACACGCAAACGGAGGAGACUGAAAGGCCCCCUCGUGGUCCUCUCUCUGGCCGAGAGCUGCUGAUGCGUGCUGCUAGCUUUGAUGUUUGCGAGAGUAGCGAUGAUGGAGACAGGGCCAACCUGAGGGCCUGCACUAGCGAUGGGACCUUGAAAGACUCUGAGGGGGGCCGAAGGGGCAGGCUGCUCUCCUCGUGGAGCCGAGCCUUCGUCAGCAUCCAGGAAGAGCUGGUAGAUGACCCUCUAACAUACAGCCCUAGGCCCAUGACUGUAGUGCACAUGGACCAGUCCAUGCAGCUCGGUCCUUUCCGAGCAGUACUUCGCUACCUGUACACAGGUCAGCUAGACGAGAAUGAGAAAGAGCUAAUGCACAUUGCACACAUUGCUGAGCUGCUGGAGGUCUUUGACCUGCGGAUGAUGGUGGCAAACAUACUUAACAAUGAAGCCUUCAUGAACCAAGAAAUCACCAAAGCCUUCCAUGUACGGCGCACAAACAGAGUCAAAGAGUGCUUGGCUAAAGGCACCUUUUCUGAUGUAAUAUUCAAGCUAGACGAUGGGACGAUCAUGGCUCACAAGCCUCUACUCAUCUCUAGUUGUGACUGGAUGGCAGCUAUGUUUGGCGGGCCUUUUGUGGAGAGCUGCACCAAAGAGGUGUUGUUUCCCAAUACAACUCGCAGCUGUAUGAGGGCUGUGCUAGAAUAUCUCUACACGGGGCGGUUUUGUUCUCGGCCUGACUUGGAUGCAAUGGAGCUUAUUGUUCUUGCCAAUCGUCUUUGCCUCCCCCACCUGGUUGCACUUACAGAACUCUACACAGUAACAGUAUUGACAGAGGCAGCGAUGAUGGGGGCCGACAUUGAUGGAGAUGUGCUGGUGUACUUGGAUAUGGCCCAGUUCCAUGGUGCCCAGCAGCUCACUGGCUGGUGUCUUCACCACAUCUGCACCAACUACAACAGUGUCUGCCGCAAGUUUCCCCGAGACAUGAAGUCCAAGUCUACAGAAAACCAAGAAUACUUUGAGAAACAUCGCUGGCCACCUGUGUGGUAUCUUAAAGAGGAUGACCACUACCAAAGAGCACGCAAAGAGCGCGACAAGGAGGACUACCUGUACCAGAGACGGCAAUGUAAACGCAAGUGGCUCUUCUGGAACCUCCCUUCCUCCCCUAACUCGAACUCUCCUUCUUCUGGCUCAUCCGCUGUCAUCUGACCAAGUGGUAAGGCCAGGUCCACUCUGGAGUACAUCAAUGUGGAUGCGAGUUGUAAAAGAUACAAAAGAAGAUAAGCACUGCUGACUAGGUACGCCCCAAUUAUUCAGGCACACAGUUUCUCCUCCUGUUUGUUUGCCUCUGCAGUCAAACGGCACUCCUCCAGGUUCGCGAGGUCAGCUCAAUCUGGCAGUUACAGUCGAGUUUUGUUCCUUAUAUUUUUAGCUCGGUGUACAUGAGACUCAAACCUCAGUGAUAUGAACCUCACUGACAAAUGGCACAGUGUAACUGGCGCAAAUAACAACUCACACUGAUUGUUAUAUGUUUCAACAUCUGAGUUUUAAGUUUUAAAAGUAGGACUCUGCUGGCACAGAACUUUCCACCUAUGAUCAUAAUUAUCAUCAAUAAACCUGAACUGAUAACCAAGUGCUGCUUAUCAGCUGCAACAACCAGCAAUUCAACACAGAACUUAAGUCUCAGAGAUAUAACACUUUGCCCUUAAGUGUUUGUACAAUCUACCAAACUAUGUGUACAGUAUGAUCUCAUCAACAGGAUGUAACGAUAGUAUAGCCAGGAAUCAAUUACUGAAGUCAUUCACUCUAACCAUGCUGACUACGAUCGUGUAUGCAUAAAUGAAAAUACUGGCAAGUUUAUUUUUGUACAGUCAUUCUGUUUUUGAAUGUUUGUGUACGGCUUGCACAGCUAAAAGUGACGUGAGUCUGAACACACUCCGCAUUUAAGUAUUGUGAUCUUGUGAUUUGUGGCCUCUUGUCACAAAAGGGCUUUAGUUUACAUGAAUGCAUUCAGUGUCCUGAGACACAAGAGAUCCCAAAUCAAGGAAAAUAUCUAUAUUUUCUGUAAAAUGCCAGCAAAAACAAACCAGACCAUAUUAUUCCCGAUGUGUUGCUUGAUGAGGCUUGUUGGCACACAUGUUUCCUGAGUCCUUCAGAUUUACAUUGAAUGGUCCCAUUAGCAUGUUCACUGUCAUCCUGGAAAACUACACAUAAUGCAUCUCAGAACCAAUAGCAGCAUUUCCAGAGCUGAAGCGACGACAUAUACAUUACCAUUCCUCUGUGAUGGUGGCGUUUGACGCAUCUGUCACUGGUGAUGAUUUGGCCUUUAGAGAUUUAUCUUAGUUGAUCAGAGGAUGCCCCUUGACUGUCUGCAGUUGGCUGUGUGAGACUUGUACAUGCAAGAGGCUUCCUCAUGCCUGGGUGAAGUCAUCCAUAUUCUCUUACACACCUCGAGCACUUUCUGGACUCUUCUCCACAGAGACACACACAAAAACCUCCAGUAGCAGGAUCCUG